UGCAUACAGACUGGAUUUGGAGAUAUUUUGAAAGAGUUAUCUAAAAUGGAUUCAGUAUGGUUAACGGCAAAAGCUAAAAGUGAUGACUUGUUCUCAGAUCCUCCAUUACCCAGAGCUUAUUAUUACCCCACAAGAGACAAACAGUUUAGCAAGGAAGAGAAACAGCAGUCGGUGUUAAGUCCCCAGAAGCAGCCAACAAGUGAGCACCCCAUGAGCCCCUCUGGCUGGCAGUUCCUGGAGGAAGGUGAUAAGUUCUCUAUGCACACCCCACCUACACGGGACACAUCUGGCAAACAUGAUAGCUCAGCUAAGUUUGAUGAGAGCUGGCCUUCUAGUGAGAGACCAUCUACUGUCAGUAUUCCAGAGUACAUCAGCCCAGUAUCAGAAACAUCAACUCCUUCAUUAAGACCAACAGUACUAGUAGGUGGUAGGCAGUCAGCAGAACCCACACAGCCAAGAACAACCUUGCAGAGAUACAUUGAUCGUUUUCGUCAUGGCAAACCUCUCAGCAAAGAGGAAAGAAAGAGUAAAAAACUAACAGACCCUAAUGACUUCUGGUGGCUGUCUUCUUCUGCACUAACCCCAGACCCAAGCAGUAGCUCCACCCCCAGAGAUUCUGGUGAACCCCUGGGAGGAAAUAAAACAGUGAGGCGACGCCCGGUUUCACCAGUAAAAAGAGAAGGUUCAAGGCCAUGGUCAGGCACUAGCAGACCAUAUGUAGCAGAAAAGUUGUCUGCAUCUGUGAACACAUUGAGGCCACAGUGGUUCCAGGAAGAGGAAGAGUCCAUUAAAAUGCUGCAAGAAAAAACUGACCGGUUAUUGGAAAGGAGUGCCAGUUCUAGUGAUGCUAUAGUCAGCACAGUGGGACUGGGCAGUUCUCCCUCCAUCAGUAGUUUUGAUGAACCUAUGUACAGACCACAGUUUGCUAGAGAUCGUGUCCCACCACAGCCCCCACCCCCUAUGCCAGGACCCAUCCAGCAACUCCUACCAGGCACUGACCAGGACAUUCUGCAGCAGUGGAGGGCACGGCGCAGGCUGGACCAGAUGCAGGAACGCAUACGACAAGGACAUGGUAUGCCACCUACUGGACAGGGAUAUGAGUCCUCAGAGAUUGAAAACAAACUGGCAGAGUUCAGAAAGAAGCUUGCAGUGUCAGACAGAGUACAGGAGUGUACUGGAGCAGGGACUGGCAAGCAACAGGGCCAGAGCUCUGGAACAGAGAGCAAGGAAAAGGCAGACAAAUCGUGUGGGACAGAACCAGAGAGCCCAAGGUCAAGGUCCGCCCCAUCCAGCCCUAAAAGAGCACACCAAGGUUUAUCAGCCGCACCCCAGAGACAAGAAGGAACCCCUAGGGCUAGUCAUGCCCAUUCUGCCCCCUCUAGCCCUAUUGCCAGCCCAAGUGUGCAGAGGAAGCAAUGUGACAGGGGAGGUGUGUCACCCCACUUCCAUCUGCUCUGUGAUAUUCUGCCUUGUCCACACAGUCCUAAAAUAUGCCCUGAAGAUGUCAGCAGCUCCCAGAUAUCUAGUCAAGAGCAACCAGAAAGGGAAAUUGAGUCUCAUUUGAGUGACAGUGAAAUAACACGUAAUUGUACUUCCUCUGCUGCAAAUAGAAAAUGUAAAGGCAGGAGUAGGAAUCUCAAAAAAUACUUUGAUGAAAGUGAUAAUGUCCAAAAGGAAAAGCAAUCCAAGACAGAAACUGAUACUUAUCUGCCUCCACUGUUACAUGGAAAUAUGACUGACAAACCUUGUAAUGAAAAAUAUGGCAAGCAAACUAAAAAAAAACAUUUAAAGGAAAAAAACUACACUUUAAAAGAAAAUUAUGUCAAUAAAAACUUGAAAAAUGAACCCGUUAAAAGUACCAGAUAUAAGGAGAUAAGCAGAAGUGCCAACAGUAUAGGUAGAUCACAGUGUUCUAGGUCAAUGAAAAAGAAUGGUAUGCCACACCCAACACUAGCCAGCAGUCCCAGACACAGGACCAAAGUUGAUGUUUUGCAGUCAGCCAUUGGAAAGGCUGUCAGUGACCAUUUGUUUCACAAUUCCACAGCCAGCAGUUCCAGUUCUGGGGCAUGCCCAGCAGAGCAGUCUGAGGAAGAAAUCAGUGUGGAGUUGUCAACUGAUGACAGCGAAUUUCCUGAGGAUGAAUUACUUCAGAUGUUGAGGUCCAGAAGAAGGCAUUAUGAGAGUCAGCUGAGGGAGAUUGAUAAUCUACUGGAACAAAACUUCAGAGGAAGAGAGGGGCAACCAUAAAGACCGCAAGCCAGUUCAGAGAUGGGACAUCAAUGGCAAGAAAGUGAGGAACAGUUGAAAUGCAUCCAAUUCCAUGUCAAGUGACUGCUGUACAUUGGAUAUAAUUGAAGUGACAAAGUGGACUUUUGGGGAUUUCAAUUACAAGAAGCAGCAUUGGACACAUUUAUCUGAUAUAGAAGUAAAGAUCUGAUACCAGUGUUGGUAGUAGGAAACCAUGCUGAGAUAAAUGUUUGAGUCCAAAGUUAUUUAUAAAUUUAGUACUCAAAUACUUGAAUACACUGAGGUAGAACAGAUCUGCUGUACUUCCUUAUGAUAAUGGAGGACUUUGAAAAGCUACUCCACAGCUUGUGACUUGUCAUUGCAUUGUUUGUUUGUUUUACUUUGUUUUGUUUUUUAUUUGGCCAAAUAGUUCUUUAGUCCUUCAAACUUAACAUCAUGAGGAAUUUAAAAAAAAUUGUCAUAACGUUUUUUUCUUCUGUGUGUUACAAUGAAAAAAAAUUGUUUCCUCAAGGACAAUACCAAGGUAAAGGCAAUAAUGACAUAUUAUUUAUUAAAUAGGCUCUCAUAUUGGUUUUGUGCAUUAAACAAUUAUCUAAUUUUUACAAAAUAUAUCAUUUUAAGCUACAAAAGUGUUCUUUCUAACACCUUUCAGAACAGAACUUCCAUAUCAUUGCUCACAAAAAAUUCUCUUAAAAAUGUAUUCAGUUUUAAGCGCCUAACAUUUAAUUGCAGUAAGCUACAGGGUGUUUCAUCCUAAUCAGUUUUCAUGUUGACAAAAUAUAUCAUUUUAUGCUCUUUAGUUCUUAAGUCCUCCAAACUUAACAUCAUGACACAAACUGGCAUACAGAUCAUAAAAAUAUUUGGAGACAAACUUCUGGUGAUCAGAAGCAAAAUGGAUGUGUUAAACACUUUUAACAUGAAGUGGUGUAUAAAACUGCACUGAUUCACUUCAGGAGAUUGCCAAAUCGCCUAGGUAUUAGAAAGAUAGUCACAUUAACUAAUAUAUAUAUAUAUAUAUAUAUAUAUAUUUGUGAUAUAAAUGCUAUGCAGUUUUCAUAUUAAUCAAGUGUUAUGAUAAAAGUUUUACAUGCAUAACACCAAUAUUAGAGAUGUUUGUUGUGAAUUUCAAGAUUGAGGCAUGUUCUUUUAUAUGUAAUGAUUCAUAUAUUCAACUCAAAAGUUGAAGCAAUGUCAGAUUGAAGGUUAACACAAGUGCCUCUUGGAUAUACUUCAUUUUUCUUUUAUUUUCAUGAUGACUAGGGACAGCAAGGUUGUGUUUAUUAUUGGUAUGUUGCAUGCACACCAUGGAAGACUGCUUGAGUAAGUCUAAUUUACUAAGUGGUUGUCUGACAUACAAGGAUCACAUCUGACAGACUAAGAUAAUGGACUGCAUUGGCCGAGGAAUGACACAAGAUCGUUGGAAAUUGGAAAACAACCUUUUUUUUUUUUGCAAAUUCUGCCAGCUAGAUAUCAGUUUAACACUGACUGUGGUUAUUUAUUUGAAAUAAUCUGAAGAAGUGUAUAUUGUACCACCAACUAUUAUUUUUGGUUGGGAUGGCAUACUUUUAUACAAUUUAGUAGGCUUUUUAAAGAACUGUUUAACAUCCCUUUUCUGUUGAGCCAAAGAAAUUAUUAUGCCCCCAGUAACACUUUAUAAUCACAACAGAAAUAUCCUCAAGAAUUGGACUAAUUAAAACAAAAAUUGACCAAUUGAAAAAUGACUAAUCCAACCAUAUCAAUAGAAAUAAGAAGAACAAUCAUACACUACUACAUAGGACCAAUAAUAUAUGGCUGAUAAAACAUAAAACGUCUGGAAGAUAGAAAAGAAGAAACCUGAGUCAGUAGAGAUGUGCCUUAGAGAAGGAUGCUGCGCGUGCAUGAAAAGUGAAUGAGUGCAUUCAGAACCAGUUGAUCUGCAGACUAAGUAUGGCCGAGAUUUGAUCCUUUUAAUGGCGCGUGUGGAGGCAGGGAGACCAUCAGGGAAUUAAGCUGCUUGCUUCAAAGCUGGGUCGGCCAUAUUAAGGCGACGGAUCAGUUAGUCCAUGGAUCAUCUGUUAAUGCGCUCAACGAAACUUUCCUUAUAGGGCAAACAAAUAUACAUGUACCAACCGAACCCCCAUGGCUUUCUCUCAUAGGAUAAUGCCCGUGUUGUAUGAACUGUUGAGUUCCAUUGUAUACAAGGUUUUUUUUAAAGAAAAAAUAAAAGAUGUGUCGAUACAGAACUGCACUAAGUAUCUGUGACAUCCAGGAAAACAACAAGGUUGUGAACAGUGUUGAACCAAGGAAAAAUUUCAUGUACCUCCUUGGUAACACGUACUUCUUUUAGACAGGCCGUACCCGAUGUUGAUGUGAACAUUGCUGAUUUUUUGGAGAACUUUUUAAAAACCCUUGCCAUCCAUGUUGAAUCAGUUUAUUUAUUUUUUGUCUGUAUAUGUGCCGUCUUUGUUGUCUAGUUUUCAGUUUUUUUCUGUAAUUUAAUACAGCGAAUGCAGGCAUGAAAAUGAAUUCCAAACAAUAGGCGAAAUUUAUU